UCGUUUCCUGAUGAAUUCGAAGUGAACUACCACACAUAAAGGUUGCAGUUAAUAACUGUAAUAUAUUAUAUAGCCUAACAUAUGCGUAAAGUAACCGAUUGGAAAAAAUAAGCCUUCAAUGUUAAACGCGACGGAUGUGUAGGGCUGGCCAACAUCUGGAAUCUAGAAAUAAUUAACUUGAUGUCACGAGUCCUAGCUGUUAUUACACCAGUAUACUGCAUUUGGUUUUCAUUGAAGUUGUUAUAAAAACCUAAGACACAACAUGGCGUAUCAAGCAAUAGGACAAACACCUUCUGGAUACCUCAACCCUGGAUACUCAAUAUCAUCCGAAGUCGGACCAGGUAAAACAAUCUUUCAAAUCGGUUUACAAAGCUGUAUUCUGUCACCUUUUAUUCUUACGUUUUCUUCCCUACUCCCUUUAUACCCAUGGAUUAUUGGUCUCGUUAAAAAUAUUGUUUAAAAUGAUUGGAUCUUGCAAUACCAAUUUAAAACGUAGAUGCCUAUAGUGUAAGUUAGGCCAACACCCACACACUUAACUACGUGAGCGCAACUUUUACCGUGUUCCAUAAUGCGUCAUUUUCGUUUAGCAGGUUUACCCAACCACUUGUGGGUUGUGAGUGGUUUAGAUUAUUCCUCAGUUGACUGAUUGUGAUAGAAUUGUAGCUAUUUUCGAACUGCUGCCGUAAUUUAUUCCAAACGCCGCUGUUUCAUAUUUACUCGGGUCAUAGUUCACAUUCCAGAUUAUGCCUACUCUUACAUUGCUUACUGUAUAGUUGAUUGUACAACCUUUUGGAAUUAAUGCUCGAUUGGAAAGUCAAGGGAUGUCCGCCCCGCCCCUAUCCGAAGGCCCGAGCGCGCCCACAUUCAAUAUCGACUUCGACAACGUGCCUGGCUAUGAAGGGACAGUGGCUGGAGGCGGAGGUGGAUUCCUUCCUCCUCCAAUGCCCUCCUUCCCUAAUCCCCCCCCACCACAGCCUGAACCCUCACAAGCACAAUGGAACAUCCCGUCUAUAAGUGAAGACACAGCCCGUGAGGCAUUGGCCCUGUACGCCUCUAGUAAGUGCUGCUACAGCUCAGCCCCUGCAAAGGAUGGUGUGAUAACCAAUAUGGAAGCCUUCAACACAUACAGGUAUCGCCUGGAAACCUUUACUGAGUCAAGAUCCACAGAGUGGAGUCAGAAGCCCUACCAUGGCGAACCUGUGGAUGCCUUUACUCAACCCAUCCCAGGACCCUGGGAUAUCAUUUCUCAAGCCCCCACUCUCUUCAAGGAUAGUAAACAGGUUAUCAAGGUUCCCUACACCUCAUCAAUGAAGAACUGCCAUUACUGUAUGGGUAUGGGGAGAGUGGCUUGCAAACAAUGCGCUGGAGCUGGCAAUAAAGUCUGCUGGGUGUGCCAUGGCUCUGGGAAUAACCAUGGAGAUGAGCGUAUUUGCCACCACUGCAAUGGCAGAGGGAGAGAAAAUUGCACCCCAUGUCAUGGCCAGGGAUCGACAGAAUGCUCAACGUGUCAUGGACGACGCCAGCUGUUGGUCAACAUCAACCUGACUGUGAAAUGGACCAACAAUUCCAGUGACUAUAUUGUGGAACAGUCAAGUGGUCUACUGUUGGAAAACCUGAACCAAGUAACUGGCAAGGAGCUUUUCAAAGAUGCUCAGUACCUGGUGUACCCUGUAAUGGGGUUCCCUGACCUGAAUGUGGUGAGUGCAGCAGAGCGCCUGAUUCGGGAACACCAGACCACAUACUCUGCAACAUCUCGCAUUCUACAGCAGCGUCAAACUAUUGAGUUGAUCCCCAUAACCAAGGUGACCUACAAAUGGAAGGGGAAAUCACACAUUUACUUUGUUUACGGGAAUGAGUUUAAAGUUAAUGCUGACAAUUACCCAGCUACUUGUUGCUGUACAAUAAUGUAACUUUACUGAUAUGUGUAAAUGCUUUUGAACGUUUCAGACCACAUAACUUACUAUGCAGCGCAUGGUACUAACUAUGCAGGCUUUACUAACCACCACUGAAAACACAACUACUAUAUUUAAAAUCAUACACUCAUCUCAUAUUAUUUCAAUCUGUUUCUAAAGGUAAUUUUCGACAAGAUUUUUUUGGCGAUAUAUCUAUGAUUUUUAUGUAUCGAUAUGUUAUAAUAAUACGUCUGUAUGCGGUAUGUUGAA